CAUUGUAAAUGUUAUACAAGAACUUAUGAAGACGUUCAGACAUAUAUUCUUUUAUAUUCUUUAAUUCAGUCUGAUAUAUUAGCUGUAGAUGAACAAUAAAAGUAAACUUGCCACUGUGGUGAAACGAAUUGUGAAACAAACAAGGGUCAGUUACUUAAACCAGUAGCACUUGAUGUCUGCUUUGAGACAUCGCAUUAAUUCAUUAUUACUAUUUUUUUUAAAUGCCUGAAGUCCUGACAAUUAUAAUAACAAAAUGCGCAUCUUAUAGAAAUUUCAUGUUUACAGUAUAAUGUAUCCCAUAAACAGGCACAGAUCAAAGAGCUGAGUCCUUUUAAACUGUCCAUGUCUCUUUAAUGAAGGCGGGUCAAAACUAAGCGGAAGUGCCUGCUUGACAAAUGAGGUGACGAGUUUUAAGAAAUUUGACGUCUUGCAAGAUAAAUGUACGUGCUUCACAGCUAUGUAUUGAAGGCGCUGUUGUUUCAUUGCUAUAUUUUCAUUUCAUCAUUAAUGAUUAAAAAAAAUAAUACUUGAACUCAAUAGUUUGACACCAAAAAAGCAAUUUUGUGAGAUCGGAGGAUACAGGAAAGAACCUGGCAACACAAGCUGACUUCCGGCGCGGGAAAAUCGUAAACAACAUAGCGGAAGGAGCUUUGAUAGUUACUGUAUACUUCACAAAAAUGUCUUCAUGUCAUCUGCCAUACUGGCAGAGAUGUUAAUUGGAGUGAGAAGAAGCUAAAGCAGCUAAUAGAGGAUAAACAUAUAAGCUUACGCUGCUACUUUCUUUGAAAAAAGAACAAUAACGCCAAUGUUAUAACAGAAAAUCACCCGACAGCAGUUUGAAAACAGCCCUGUCCACCUCAGCAUGGAUCGCUACAAUGACGUGAAAGUUUUGCUGAAAAACUGGGAGCAGGGGUUUGUCAAAGAGCACAAGAGAAAACCCAACAAGGAGGACAUUGAUCGGGCUCCAGAGGAGACCAGAAAUUUGUAUAAAGAAUACCGCAGCUUAAAACAAGCCAAAGAGAACAGCAAUGAGGCCGCCAAUGGGCAUACUCACAGCCAAAAGGAGUCAGACUGUUGGGGUUCCCACUUGAACCGCAGUGCAUUGCCGACAUCAUCUCCCAAACUGACAUCCCAGGACAGAGACAGUCUCAAGGCGUCUUCUCAGUAUUAUGGCCUAAAGCUUAAAAACAACUUGUCUUCAAUCAGUAAGGAGAGGCCUGUGUCACUGAAGAAAAUGCACCGUCCUGGUCGGCUACCUCUGGACUGCUUGAAAGAUGAACAAACUAUAAGAACAAAGAGCGUCACUUCUCCUGCUGCCACUGCCAAGACCACAACCACUGACUCUGAAUUCAGUCCCUUUUCACCAAGAAUGAAUCCUUGCCUGGGAUCUCUGGCUUCAAAGACGCUCCAACCAGCAGAGCCUGAAGAGCCGUUUCAACCAUUUGAAAUGUUCAGACAGGACAAUGAUGAAGCUGCAGGUGCUGCUGGUAGCUGUAGCAUUGGCAAAGACACUAGUUCACAAUUCACUACCCCUGCUUUAAGUCCUUCUCCCAUCAGAUCCUCCACCCUGUUGUCAUCCUUAUCCCCUGAGCGAAAUUUAGGGGCUUCAAAAGUAGGAGCCAGAACUAUGGGAAGUGAAACUAAAGGCAUUUUAGGAGAUGUAAAAGAAAAUGCUGAAACAUCAAAUACUCAGAAUAGAGGUACCGAUUCUGCAGGUGGUGAAAGUGUAAUUGGCUUUAACGGAAGUCCACAGAUUUGUGGAGGUUUCAGAGGAGGCAGAGGCCUUGGUGCAAGGCCUUCUCCUGCCAGCAGGCUGAGCCUUGUGGACAGGAAGUGGCUAGAGAGGUGUCAGGUGUUUGGAGAGAUGGGAGCAGAGGAGAAGCCUGGAGCAGGCAACCAGGAGAUGAAUGUGGAGCAACGAGGGAUGGCAGAAAAGGGAGAAAAAUUAAAAGGGGAAAUGCAAGGAGUCGAAAGAGAAGCAAAGGAAGAGAUGGAUAUAGAGAGAGAAAGACAGGAGUCAUUAGAAAUGGGAAGAGGUAAAAAGUUUGAGAGUGUAACAGGGGAUAAAAUAGUCACUACUAGUGCUGCAAACUCUGAAAAAAGCAGAAAAGAAGGGGGUGGCCAAGAGAAAAGGAAGGGACAGGAGGAGAUGGAAAGAGGGCAGACAGCUGAUGAUGACAAUGAAAGCAGUCCAAAAACUAAAGCUUCAAAAAAUAGGAGGAAGAAGAGGCAGCGAGAAGUGGGUGACACGCAGGGAAACACUACAGAAGAAGGAGGAGUAAAAAAGAGACGGAGAGGUGGUAGAAAGAAAGAGGAGAGCUCUGACGUUAGCCCCAGCUCAGCUCACGGAGGAGCAGGAAAGAAAAAGAGAAGCAAGAAAAAAGAAGGUGAUGGAGAGGGUGAAGGAGAGGAAGAAACCAAGGGACCAAAAAAGAUGCCCCAAGAGAACUUGUUUGGAGACAUAGAAGAAGAAUUUGGAGUUAACAAACUCUAUCGGGCACAGUCUGCUAGAGCCAGAGUCGCAAAAGGAGCCGAGGGUAACUUUGUGAAAAUAAACCUGAAGAAGAAAUCUCAUGUCAAAGGCUAUGCCCUGAGAGGGAUUGCUCUGCGCAGACAGUUGUACAUGCAGAAGUUCCAGCUGAAGGGAGAGCGUUUCGGUGGAGGUGGUGGAUAUUUUGGCAGAGGAAGAUGGAGGGGCUUCAGAGGGGGUUUCAGAGGGGGCCUCAGUCGACAGGGUGACACCUGCUACAAAUGUGGAGGGACCGGACACUGGGCUAUUGACUGCAAAGGGCGAGCCCCUCCACCUCCUGUUGCUGACGAGAAGGCGGUUGAGGAGGAGCCAUUUGAAUUACCCACCCUGGAGGAAGUUGCCAGGGCAACUGGGACACUACAACCUCAGCCACAGGUGGCAGCGUCCACUUUUAAAGAGGAGCAGAAUGAUCAGGAAAAGGAAGUGGACAGUAAGCGUAAAGAUGAAGUGCUGCUGAAUGUGAUUCGCCCCGAUUAUGAACGACCUCCUCCUCCUAUAUAUAUAAUGAAUCCUUGCCUGGGAUCUCUGGCUUCAAAGACGCUCCAACCAGCAGAGCUUGAAGAGCCGUUUCAACCAUUUGAAAUGUUCAGACAGGACAAUGAUGAAGCUGCAGGUGCUGCUGGUAGCUGUAGCAUUGGCAAAGACACUAGUUCACAAUUCACUACCUCUGCUUUAAGUCCUUCUCCCAUCAGAUCCUCCACCCUGUUGUCAUCCUUAUCCCCUGAGCGAAAUUUAGGGGCUUCAAAAGUAGGAGCCAGAACUAUGGGAAGUGAAACUAAAGGCAUUUUAGGAGAUGUAAAAGAAAAUGCUGAAACAUCAAAUACUCAGAAUAGAGGUACCGAUUCUGCAGGUGGUGAAAGUGUAAUUGGCUUUAACGGAAGUCCACAGAUUUGUGGAGGUUUCAGAGGAGGCAGAGGCCUUGGUGCAAGGCCUUCUCCUGCCAGCAGGCUGAGCCUUGUGUACAGGAAGUGGCUAGAGAGGUGUCAGGUGUUUGGAGAGAUGGGAGCAGAGGAGAAGCCUGGAGCAGGCAACCAGGAGAUGAAUGUGGAGCAACGAGGGAUGGCAGAAAAGGGAGAAAAAUUAAAAGGGGAAAUGCAAGGAGUCGAAAGAGAAGCAAAGGAAGAGAUGGAUAUAGAGAGAGAAAGACAGGAGUCAUUAGAAAUGGGAAGAGGUAAAAAGUUUGAGAGUGUAACAGGGGAUAAAAUAGUCACUACUAGUGCUGCAAACUCUGAAAAAAGCAGAAAAGAAGGGGGUGGCAAAGAGAAAAGGAAGGGACAGGAGGAGAUGGAAAGAGGGCAGACAUCACAUAUAACAGCUGAUGAUGACAAUGAAAGCAGUCCAAAAACUAAAGCUUCAAAAAAUAGGAGGAAGAAGAGGCAGCGAGAAGUGGGUGACACGCAGGGAAACACUACAGAAGAAGGAGGAGUAAAAAAGAGACGGAGAGGUGGUAGAAAGAAAGAGGAGAGCUCUGACGUUAGCCCCAGCUCAGCUCACGGAGGAGCAGGAAAGAAAAAGAGAAGCAAGAGAAAAGAAGGUGAUGGAGAGGGUGAAGGAGAGGAAGAAACCAAGGGACCAAAAAAGAUGCCCCAAGAGAACUUGUUUGGAGACAUAGAAGAAGAAUUUGGAGUUAACAAAAUCUAUCGGGCACAGUCUGCUAGAGCCAGAGUCGCAAAAGGAGCCGAGGGUAACUUUGUGAAAAUAAACCUGAAGAAGAAAUCUCAUGUCAAAGGCUAUGCCCUGAGAGGGAUUGCUCUGCGCAGACAGUUGUACAUGCAGAAGUUCCAGCUGAAGGGAGAGCGUUUCGGUGGAGGUGGUGGAUAUUUUGGCAGAGGAAGAUGGAGGGGCUUCAGAGGGGGUUUCAGAGGGGGCCUCAGUCGACAGGGUGACACCUGCUACAAAUGUGGAGGGACCGGACACUGGGCUAUUGACUGCAAAGGGCGAGCCCCUCCACCUCCUGUUGCUGACGAGAAGGCGGUUGAGGAGGAGCCAUUUGAAUUACCCACCCUGGAGGAAGUUGCCAGGGCAACUGGGACACUACAACCUCAGCCACAGGUGGCAGCGUCCACUUUUAAAGAGGAGCAGAAUGAUCAGGAAAAGGAAGUGGACAGUAAGCGUAAAGAUGAAGUGCUGCUGAAUGUGAUUCGCCCCGAUUAUGAACGACCUCCUCCUCCUCCACCCAUGGAGCCGCUUUAUGAGCUCACAGAGGAUGGAAAAGUCCAGCAAACACCUGAAGAUGUUUAUUCGGCUCUAAGAGAUCUCGGCUAUCAGUCAUUUCGACCAGGACAGGAGGAAGCCAUCAUGAGGAUCCUGUCGGGUCUGUCUACCCUCGUAGUGUUAUCAACAGGGAUGGGCAAAUCGUUGUGCUACCAGCUCCCAGCUUACCUCUAUGCUCAGAGAUCCAAAUGCAUCACUCUGGUCAUAUCGCCUCUCGUCUCUCUAAUGGACGACCAGCUGUCUGGCCUGCCAGCCAAGCUGAAGGCGGCCUGUAUCCACUCUAAUAUGACAAUGAAACAGCGAGAAGCAGCGAUAGAAAAGGUGAAGUCAGGCCAGGUAUGUCUGCUGCUGCUCUCUCCAGAAGCCCUUGUUGGGGGAGGAGGUUCAGGUUCAGGGUGUCUUCCUUCUGCUCAGGAGCUCCCUCCUGUGGCCUUCGCCUGUAUAGAUGAAGCUCAUUGUGUCUCAGAGUGGUCCCACAACUUCAGACCCUGCUAUCUAAGACUCUGCAAGGUGUUACGAGAGCGUCUGGGAGUACGAUGCUUGCUAGGACUCACAGCUACAGCCACUCUGUCCACUGCUCUGGACAUUGCUAAACAUCUGGAAAUCAGUGAUCAAGCCGGCAUUGCUGUCAGAUCUGCAGCUGUGCCUCCAAACCUGAAUCUUUCUGUGUCCACGGAUAGAGAAAAGGAUCAGGCUUUAGUCUCCUUGUUGAAAGGUGAUCGGUUUGGUUGUCUUGACUCGAUCAUCGUCUACUGCACCAGAAGAGAGGAGACGGUGCGUGUGGCGGCACUUCUCCGAACCUGCCUUCAAGGGGUGCUGUUAAAGGAAAACAAGAAGAGCAGCAGCAGCAGUCGGUCUGAAAACAACCCUGUAGGGCAGAGAAAGAAAGAACUGGCUCGGAAGAAGAUUCGUAAACCACUGAAAUGGCAGGCUGAAUCGUACCAUGCCGGCCUGUCGGGGUCAGAGCGGCGACGCGUGCAGAACAACUUCAUGUGCGGAGAGCUCAGGAUCGUGGUGGCCACAGUGGCGUUUGGCAUGGGCCUGGAUAAAUCUGACGUUCGUGGUAUCAUCCAUUACAACAUGCCUAAGAGCUUUGAGAGUUACGUUCAGGAAAUUGGGAGGGCAGGAAGAGAUGGAGAGCCGGCUCACUGUCACCUUUUCCUGGACCCGGAGGGUGGAGACCUCCAUGAGCUCCGUCGCCAUAUCUACGCAGACACAGUGGACUACUAUACGGUGAAAAGACUGGUGCAGAAAGUUUUCCCAGCUUGCAAAUGUAAACAGAUACACCAGAAACAGCAGGAACUCUUCAAGGAUGUUGAAGACUCUGAGCUGUUGGAGGUGAUGGAUGUGUGCGAUCAGGAGAGCAGCAUGAAUUCUUCUGCUCAGCAAGACAUGUCAGACAAAGAUGAAUCACAACCUGCUGCUGCACCUGAAUCAGAUCUCAGUUCUGCUGGGCUAGCCAUCCGAGAAGACAACGAUAAAAGAGAGGGACGAAAUGAGGAUGAGAUGAAAAAACAGACAGAAGACCAGAGAGAUAACCGGGAGAGGGACCAAGAAGAGGAGCGCUGUGAUUGGCCCAGGGAGCGAGUCUGUCACACGCACGAACGAGCGAUUCCCAUCCAAGAGACCAUCGAGGCUCUGGACAUCACGGAGGAAGGUGUGGAAACGCUGCUCUGCUAUCUGGAGCUGCACCCACAGCGCUUCGUGGAGCUGCUCCACCCCACUCUGUCUGUGUGUAAAGUCAGCUGCUACGAUGGGCCGAGGCAGCUCCAGAAAAUCACUAAAAUUUGUCCUCCGAUCGCUGUGGUGUUGGCCAGGCGGCGGAUGGCGGGCGAGCGGGUGGAGCAGUGCGACCAGCUUGAGUUUGAUGUUGUCGAGGUCGCGGACACUAUGGGAUGGCAGCUCCCUCUCGUGAAGAGAGGACUCAGGCAGCUGCAGUGGAGCACCGAUAGAGCUGGGGGACGUAGUGGCGUCCUCGUCGAAUUCUCCAGUCCUUCGUUCUACUUUCGUUCCUAUGGCGACCUGAGCGAUGAGGAGAUGGACAGAGUCUGUCAGUUCCUCCAUAAACGAGUGCAGGACCAAGAGAGAACACAGCUGUACCAGCUGACGGCCUGUUUUAAGGCCUUCAAGAGUGUUGCCUUCUGCAGCGUACUGUCCUGUGUAGACGAUCUGGAUGAGAGCCGCAGUUUGCAGUUAAAAAGCCUUCUGUCCGAGUACUUUGAUAAGAGGCGGGACGGGGACCACGCUCUCAAACCUUUUGAUCUCGAGGAGCUCGACAAAUAUAAGCUGUUGGACUGGGAGGAUCAAAUCAGAGCCGACAUCAGAAGUUUCCUCUCCAACCGAAGUGACGAGAAGUUUUCUGGAAGGGCUGUCGCUCGUAUCUUCCAUGGCAUAGGCAGUCCGUGUUAUCCGGCUCAAACCUACGGCAAAGACAGACGUUACUGGAGGAAGUACAUCCAGUUUGACUUCAACCAGCUCAUCAGACUGGCCACUCAGGAGAUCAUUCGCUUCAAGUGAUCGACCAGAUGGUCCAAUAUUAUCUUUUUUUUUUAAACAUAUGUUUC